GAGCCCUUGUACUGGAUCGGCUCGCGUAGCGCUUGUCUAGAUCCGGGAAGAACUGAAGGAUCCUGAAGGAGCCGCUAGUCCCUCCGCGCACAUCUUCCCGCAUUUGCUUCCCCUUCGCGCUCGUUCCUGUCUGGAGAAAGUGGACUUGUAAUCGUCACCGGAUUCUGGAGCUUUCUAGUGCAACAAUAGGUUAUUCGAGAAGCGAAUCUCAGAAAGAAAAGAAACAAAGAUGAGUAAAAGCAAAGAUGAUGCGCCUCACGAACUAGAGAGCCAAUUUAUCUUACGCCUCCCUCCAGAAUAUGCCUCAACUGUAAGGCGGGCUGUGCAAUCUGGCCAUGUCAACCUGAAGGACAGACUGACAAUUGAGUUACACCCUGAUGGACGUCAUGGAAUCGUCAGAGUGGACCGGGUACCUUUGGCUUCAAAACUGGUAGAUUUGCCCUGUAUUAUGGAAAGCUUGAAAACCAUUGAUAAAAAAACGUUUUACAAGACUGCUGAUAUCUGCCAGAUGCUUGUGUCCACAGUUGAUGGUGAUCUUUAUCCUCCUGUGGAGGAACCAGCUGCUACUACGGACCCCAAAGCAAGCAAGAAAAAGGAUAAGGACAAAGAGAAAAAGUUCAUAUGGAAUCAUGGAAUUACUCUGCCUCUAAAAAAUGUUAGAAAGAGAAGAUUCCGGAAGACAGCAAAGAAGAAGUAUAUUGAAUCACCAGACGUAGAAAAAGAAGUAAAGAGGUUGCUGAGUACAGAUGCUGAAGCUGUCAGUACUCGUUGGGAAAUAAUUGCUGAAGAUGAAACAAAAGAAACAGAAAAUCAAGGCCUUGAUAUCUCUUCUCCAGGAAUGUCUGGCCAUAGGCAGGGCCAUGAUUCAUUGGAACAUGAUGAGCUUCGGGAGAUUUUCAAUGACCUCAGCAGCAGCAGUGAAGAUGAGGAUGAGACUCAACAUCAAGAUGAAGAAGAUAUAAACAUUAUGGACACUGAGGAAGACUUGGAAAGACAACUCCAAGACAAGCUAAAUGAAUCAGAUGAACAGCACCAGGAAAAUGAGGGAACAAAUCAGCUGGUUAUGGGAAUUCAGAAACAGAUUGAUAAUGUGAAAGGCAAGCUCCAAGAGACUCAAGACAGAGCAAAACGACAGGAGGAUCUCAUUAUGAAAGUGGAAAACCUGGCUCUCAAGAACAGAUUUCAGGCUGUGCUGGAUGAACUCAAACAGAAGGAAGACCGAGAAAAGGAGCAGCUAAGCUCUUUGCAAGAAGAACUUGAGUCACUUCUUGAGAAGUGAAAAGAGCCAGACUGAACAUAAUUUAAAAAAAAUCAUGACUUUAUUAGCUGGACUAGUUUUAACUUCUAAGUAAUCUCCAUUCCCUCCACUGCCCUCUGCUGCAUUUGUCUUAACAGGUUUUAAGGAAAGAUAUGACCAUGCACGGACUGGUUAUAAAUUUGUAGUAGUUUUUCCUUUUCCUACUGUCUCAUAUAGACUUUGUCUUAGAGACUGAACUGUGAAUUUGUAUUUCAUUUGUUUCUCAGAAUCAUUGUGUGAAAUUUUUGUCAAGUAAGAAGGAAUUUAUAGAUGGAUAACAAUUACAGGAAAGCUAGAUGAUUAGGAGAAUGAACAGUUAACCUUUAUAAUCACAGCUUCACUACAUAAUUAAGCUAUUAGUGCUUUGUGGUGCCAAAUGAUAUGAGUGUGAUCUUGAGACAAUGAAGCUAGUGUACGUAUGUAUUUCUUUUCACUGAGUAUUUUCUCUGCGAUUCAAAGCAAUUUUUUUUCUGUGUAAACUUAAUUUAUUUCUUAAAGAUAUUUUUUAAACAAUAAAAGCAAAGAUACAUAAAAGCAACUCUUUAUAUUCCA